UCGUGAAUGUCUCUGUCCUCCACAAGUCGCACGCAAAGCUCCACGAGAGAAAGGAUCGGAAUCCAUCACUCUCUCGCCGCCGUAAUCAGAAAACGGAAAAUCGUUAGUCGGUUCAGGAACGGGAUAGAUUGUUAGACUGAUGUUUAGAAGCAAGCGGUUGGUGUGAGGAAGUUUUCUGAAGGAUAAUAAUGUCCCUGAGGAUUAAACUGGUGGUGGAUAAGUUUGUGGAGGAGCUCAAGCAAGCUCUCGACGCGGAUAUUCAAGAUCGGAUCAUGAAGGAGAGGGAGAUGCAGAGCUACAUCGAGGAGCGCGAGCGCGAAGUCGCUGAACGAGAAGCCGCCUGGAAAGCUGAGCUCUCUCGCCGCGAGACGGAGAUUGCUAGACAGGAAGCUAGGUUGAAGAUGGAAAGAGAGAAUCUGGAGAAGGAGAAGAGCGUUCUCAUGGGGACCGCGUCGAACCAGGAUAAUCAAGACGGAGCUCUGGAGAUUACUGUGAGCGGUGAGAAGUAUCGGUGCCUUAGAUUCUCCAAGGCCAAGAAAUGAGGGCAAUUCAAUGGUCACUUUACAGUGUUUCAUGCUUAGGGUUUGUUUGAUUGAUGUGUCUGCUAGUGAAACACAAAAUGAAGGAACAUUUAGGGCUCAAUGUUGGUUUGGAGAUCUUAUGUUCUUGGAAGAUGAAUUCUUUUGGGGUCUUGUUAGAUGACAAAUGUGUCCGACAUGGUAUAUCACUCUAGGAAGUAUCUGUCUGCCUUCCUUUAGUUUUAUCUUUGCUAUGAAUCUAAACUUACUGUUACUGGUCUAUUCAAGGAUUGGAUGUUGUGGUUUGGGUUGAAUUU